AUGAGUACAAUCAAAAUACCUGUUGGAGAAAAGAAAAUAUUCAAGAAAAUUUAUACUAACUUUUGGAAAAUGAAUGAACGUGAAAAGAUUGUUGCCCCUCAUGACAAAAUUAUUAUUGGGUUUUCAGGAGGAAAAGAUUCAUUUCUUUUAGUCCAUGUCCUUUCAACACUUGGAAAAACUAGUCACUUUCCUCUUGACAUCUUAGUUGUUCAUGUCACUAAUGAGCAAGUUGGAUAUCAACUUAAUAUUGAAGACUCUAAGGCACUUUGUGAAUCUCUAGGAAUACCUUUUAUCACUCUUGAGUCAGAGCCUGUAAGUAGAUUUGAUAUUGAAGAUGCUGAUAAAAACACUACAUUUUGCUUAAACUGUGGAAAAAAUAGAAGAAGAGCAUUAUUAGAAUAUGCAAAAGAACAUGGAUAUACUUCAAUUGCAUUAGGACAUCAUAUGGAUGAUGUUGCUGAAACAUUGUUAAUGAACCAAAUGUUUUGUGGUUGUAUUGCAGGUAUUCCUGCUCAGUUUACCACAGAAAAAUAUGGUGUUAAAUUCAUUAGACCACUUAUUGAAGUUCCAGUAGUUUUUAUUCAAGAAUGGACAAAGUACAUUGAAUUACCACGUUUAAUACGUUGCAAAUAUGAAAAAGAUAGUAUGAGAGGUGAGGUAAGAGAAAUGCUAGAACAUUUUAAAAAGAAUCAUCCUUUUAUUGCUCAUUCUAUUGCUCAAUCUCCUUAUAAUAUAAAGUAUGAAUAUUUAUGA